AUGCUCAAUCAUCAUAACUCUUUAACAUCUAAUGAUACUAAAAAAAAUCAUGAACAAAAUUCUACUACUUCUUUACCUCCCUUAGUAUUAACUUCCGUACCAAAAAAAGCCAAACAAAUUUCACAUACCUUAGAAACAAAGAUAAAAAAUAUAAAUAAUAAAAUUGUUAGCAAUUAUCUUUCACAUACCCAAUCUACUCAACCCUUUACCUUUUCCUCCUCUAACGUCACCACGAGUUCUCGAUUAACGUCACCCCAACAAAGUAAUAACCCUCCGUCUUCCUAUAGUUCCUAUUCAAAACAACAAUCUUUUUUUGAACAACUAACGAAAGUCACAACUUUACACCCAUACGCUAAGUCAAAUACGAUGCAACAUUCUUCACGCGGUGGUCAUUCCCAUCAACUUAGCAACGGUAGCGUUGCUAGUAGUAAUGGUGACCAUCAUAGUAGAACGAACAGCGCAAAUGGUGGUGACCUUUUAUCACAACACCAAAGAACUAACAGUUUAAAUCAAGUUGGUCCAAGUCCAGAAUCAAAAUUCUUAUUAUCUGAUUUUACCAUCUGUCGUACCUUAGGUACUGGCUCGUUUGGUAGAGUUCACCUUGUACAAUCAAAGCACAAUAAUAAGUAUUACGCGAUGAAAGUUUUAAAGAAAAGUGAGGUAGUUAGGUUAAAACAAGUUGAACAUACGAACAAUGAAAAGCAUAUCUUGGAACAAGUACAACAUCCUUUCUUGGUAAAUUUAUGGGGAACUUUUCAAGAUAGUUGCAACUUAUAUAUGGUUAUGGAUUAUGUGGUGGGUGGUGAACUUUUUAGCAUACUAAGGAAAACUCAGCGUUUUCCGGAUCACGUCGCAAAAUUUUAUGCUGCCGAAGUCAUCCUAGCUUUUGAAUACUUACAUUCUAAAGAUAUAAUCUAUCGUGACCUUAAACCCGAAAACCUUCUAUUAGAUCGUAAUGGCCACAUAAAAAUUACUGAUUUUGGAUUUGCAAAAUAUGUUCCAGACAUAACAUGGACUUUAUGUGGUACCCCUGAUUACUUAGCUCCUGAAAUAAUUCAAUCAAAAGGUUAUGGAAAGGCCGUGGAUUGGUAUUCUUUAGGUGUGUUAAUAUUCGAAAUGCUUGCCGGAUAUCCUCCAUUUUAUGAUGAAGAUCAUAUGCGAUUAUAUGAAAAGAUAUUAGCAGGACGAAUAAAAUAUCCUUCAUUUUUUGAUUCUGAUGCAAAAGAUUUGUUGAAACGAUUGUUGACUA